AUGGCUUCACGCAGUGAUGAUCAACGCCUGGGAGCUCUUUUCACCGCCGAACGUUUGGAAGAUGCACAUAUUGUAAUUAUCGGAUUCCCAUAUGAUGAGGGAUGUGUACGAAAUGGAGGACGUGCUGGUGCUGCCAAAGGACCUGAGGCAUUUCGAACCUUUUUACAUAAAUUGGGGCCUAUAAACAAUGUGGAAUUUGGUGUGGACGCUUCUGAUGUAAAGUUGUAUGAUGCAGGUGAUAUUAAAGCUGACACUUUGGAAGCGGCACAUAAAUUAUUGGAAACAAAAGUUUCUGAAGUACUUUCACAUGGAUUACUUCCAUUUGUUAUCGGAGGUGGAAAUGAUCAAUCCGCACCUAAUGGAAGAGCGAUGCUACGAACAUAUGCUGGAGAUGUGGGUAUUAUUAACAUUGAUGCUCAUUUAGAUGUUCGUCCACGUCUUUCUGAUGGAAAAGUACACAGUGGAACUCCUUUUCGUGAAUUAUUGGAAGAAAAAAGCUUUUCAGGAAAUCGUUUUGUAGAGUUUGCCUGUCAAGGAUCACAGUGUAGUGCGGUACAUGUACAAUUUGUAAAGGAUCAUCACGGUCAUCUCGCGUGGCUUCGUGAAGUUCAGAGUAAAGGGGCUGUGGCGGCAUUGGAAGAGGCAUUCCGCUUAACCGGCAAUAAUACAUUUUUCUCCUUUGAUAUUGACUCGGUGUGUUCGGCGGAUGUGCCUGGUGUGAGUUGCCCCGCUGCGGUUGGUUUAAGUGCGCAGGAUGCCUUUAAUAUGUGUUUUGCGGCUGGUAAGAAUCCACAUGUGCGAAUGAUGGAUUUGAGUGAGUUAAACCCCGUUGUGGAGAACUACCGAUCACCCCGUGUGGCUGUGAAUAUGCUGUACCACUUUGUCCUGGGAUUUGCCACCCGACUGAAACUGAAACUGUAG